UUCCUUUGUUGCUCAGCUGUUGGGAGAAGAACUUGUGCUAGAGAUUUAGGAUUAGCGUUAAGACUCAGUACUCAGUACUCAGUAGAGGAGAUUUCAAAAACCCAGAGCAGAGAAUGACGACGAUUGUUCCCACCUCUGAAGAAGAUCCUUCGCUCGCCAUUGUCCGUUUUACUUCCCAGCUUGCCUGGGCCGAUGCUGGUCCCGAGGUUGCAGAGCCUCAAGUUUCUAGGCUAUAUAGGGAAGCAGAGGAGUCUAUAAUAGAUCACCGGUGGUUGGAUUUGGUAACUUUAAUGGUAACUUCAGCUGACUUGGUAUCAACCAAGAUCUCCGAGAAAGAUCUUGAGUGUACCUACACCAUAAUUUGCAGCCUUGUGAAGAAUGUGACAAGUCCUGAAGAAGUCCUUGAAAUGGUGAAAGCUAUUGCUUCUAAGGUUGUUCAACAGCCCGAUGACAAAGCUUCAUUGCGUUUGAAAAUCCUCUUCAAUCUUUAUAACCUGCUUGACCACCCAAAUGCUCGAUUUCAAGUAUAUAUGAAAGCUCUAGAACUGGCUGUAAACGGGAAGGUAACCGAGUAUAUAGUGCCUUCCUUUAAGAAGAUUGACAGCUUCUUGAAAGACUGGAGUAUUGAUAUCAAAGAUCAGAGGGAAGUAUUUCUUGCCAUUGCUAAAGUGCUGAGAGAAAAUAAAAGUUUGGCAAAAGAAUCCCUUCAGUUUGUGACAAAGUAUUUGGCAACUUUCUCCAAUGAGGAUGCCCAAGUCCUGAGUGAAGCCAAGGAGGAAGCUGUACGAGCCAUUGUUGAGUUUGUCAAGGCUCCCAGUAUAUUUCAGUGUGAUUUAUUAGACAUGCCGGCUGUCGCACAAUUGGAGAAGGAUCCUAACGAUGCACCAGUUUACCAGCUAUUGAAGAUUUUUCUUACUCAGAGGCUGGAUGCAUACAUGAAAUUCCAAAAUGCGAAUCCAGAAUUUCUGGAAACCUAUGGGCUUGCUGAGGAAGACUGUGUAGCAAAGAUGAGAUUGUUGUCACUUGUGGAUUUGGCCUCAGAUGAAACUGGAAAAAUAUCGUAUGCCUCUCUCAAGAACACUCUACAGGUAAAUGAAGAGGAGGUUGAAUUGUGGGUGGUUAAGGCAAUAACCGCAAAAUUGGUUGAUUGUAAGAUGGAUCAGAUGAACCAAGUUGUAAUUGUCAGUCGUUGUGCCGAGCGUGAUUUUGGACAAAAGCAGUGGCAAUCUCUUCGAACAAAGCUUGCAGCUUGGCGGGACAAUAUUACGAAUGUUAUUAGCACAAUCCAAGCUAAUAAGGUAACAGAGGAAGCUACUCAGGCAACAUCAGGUAAUCAGGGAUUGGCUGGUCGUUGAAAGAUUUGUUUGAAGAUUUCUUAGAAGAAGAAGCUCUCAUCAAUCUAAAGCCGGAUACUUUGUAUUCUUUGCAGAGUUCUUUUUGACCAUUGGAUCUUUUUUUUUAAAUGGCCUUCUUCUUUGUGUUGGCCUCUUUUUGUCCGUUCAAUUUUGCGGAGACUUGUUAUGCAGCACUUGUUUCUUAAAGAGUUUAGCCAAAGUCCAAUUGCCCAUCUGUGGCUUUCAUGUAGUAGUUUGAUGGAUCCGAUGUACUCAGUUCCCACAUUUCUUUGGUGUCACACUCUCUUCACACUUUUUUCGUCA